CUGCUUCCUUCUCUCUGAACUCUGCCUGCACUCGUUGAGUCUCUCCGGAGAGCAGCGCACAUUGAUCUGAUCGGAUUGAUUGAAGACGUGCUGCGUGGUCAUGGAUGGAGAGUUCACACCUUUGGACUGCCUGCUGCCCUCAGGCACUCAGAGGAUCUGUCUGAUCAUCCUGAACCAGCCUCUUGAUAAGCCCUACCUACACACCCUCUGGAGUAAAGCUCUCUUGAAGGCAUGUGCUGAUGGAGGUGCCAACCGGCUCUAUGGGAUCACUGGCGAAUGUCGUGACAGCUUUCUCCCCGACUAUAUCAGCGGGGAUUUUGAUUCCAUUACCGCAGAGGUCAAAGCUUUCUAUGCAGACAAGGGGUGCAAGCUGAUAACGACAGCUGACCAGGAUCUAACAGACUUCACAAAGUGCCUGGCAAUCAUGGUGGAGGAGAUUAAAAAACGCCAGUUACAGGUGGACACCAUAGUGAUGCUGGGCGGCCUGGGAGGCAGGAUUGACCAGACCAUGGCGUCGGUUGAGACCCUUUACCAUGCUAUGUCCAUGACUCAACUCCCAACUUUGAUCAUACAGGAAACAAGCCUGGCGUAUCUACUUAGACCCGGCAACCAUAGACUGGGGGUGAACACAGGUCUGGAGGGGGAAUGGUGCAGCCUUGUUCCUGUUGGUGGACCCUGCCACACCAUCACCACGGGACUCAAAUGGAACCUGGAUAACGACACCCUGCAGUUUGGGAAACUGGUGAGCACCUCCAACACCUAUGAGGACCCUGGUGAUGGAAAUCCUAGGAAAGCCGUCACCGUGACAACAGACCAACCUCUGCUUUGGAGCAUGGGCAUACGCACGAAGAAAGAAUAAAAGAUGUUCCCCGAAAACAGACCAUGAAACUGAUUAAAAAGCUUACGAUUUGCAAUCCAUCCUUGCACUUCAUGUAGUGCAAGAGUUAGCUUUGCAGUUUUUACUAUGUGCCUUAAUUAUGAUGCUGCUGCUCAGUCUGUUACUGUAAAUUAAAUGCAAGAAGAAAAUGGUGCCUGAUUUCAAACUUAAUUGUGCCUUUUGAAAGCUGAAGAUCAAAAAAAUGUAUUCUAUGCUGUGAAGAUAAGACAAUUUGUGAAGAAAAACAAAAUCAGGAUUUGGGUUUCCACUUGAUUUAUUUACAUGUCACAAUAUAAACGUUGAGAACAGACUAUAAAAAUGCCGUCCCUUCAGUCCCCAUCAAACCACUCCAAUAACAUCCGCCAGCAUCUCCCCGCAGAUGGUGUGUUUUUGCUCGAACAAGAUUUAACCACCACUAAAGAAAAAAGAAAACACAGUUAGAAACCAGUUUUACAGUAACUGUCUGAAUGACAACACAAUUACUGCUAAAAAAGCUCUUCAAAUACAGAAAGAUUAAUACAGUUUCUGGAGGGAACUUUGUAGCAGGCCUACACAGUAUUUCUAUGUUUUGUAAGUGCUCAAAAAUAAAAAUGGCUGCCUUUUUAA